GCUGUGCAGCUGUUAGUAAAAAGAUGACUGUUACGUACACAGCCCGUGUGGCAAAAGCCCGGUUUGGAGGCUUUUACAAGCUCUUGUUGCUAUGGAGAGGCAGCAUCUACAAACUGUUGUACAAGGAACUGCUGGUGUUUUUCCUCAUGUAUCUGACCCUCAGCAUCACAUACAGGUUCCUUCUGUCAGAGGAGCAAAAGCUUUAUUUUGAGAAAGUUGCCAUUUACUGUAAUAACUAUGCAAGUCUUAUUCCGGUUUCAUUUGUACUGGGUUUUUAUGUCACAUUGGUGGUAAACCGCUGGUGGAACCAGUAUCUCUGUAUACCAUUCCCAGACCGGGUCAUGUGUGCUAUUUCUGGAACUGUGCAUGGAACAGAUGAGACGGGACGACUUUACCGGCGCACCCUCAUGCGUUACUGCAGUCUGUCAGGUCUCCUUAUCUUGCGGUCUGUCAGUACUGCAGUCUUUAAGAGGUUCCCAACCAUAGACCAUGUGGUUGAAGCAGGGUUUAUGACUCGAAACGAGAGGAAGAAGUUUGAGAAUCUCCGCUCCUCUUACAAUAAAUACUGGGUACCUUGUGUGUGGUUCUGUAAUCUGGCAGCACAGGCAAGAAGUGAGGGACGAAUAAGAGAUGACCACACUUUUGAAAUGCUCAUUAAGGAGCUCAACACAUUUCGUGGUAACUGUGGAAUGUUGUUUCACUAUGAUUGGAUCAGUGUCCCACUGGUUUAUACUCAGGUGGUGACAAUCGCUGUAUACAGCUUUUUUGUGGUAUGUCUGAUUGGACGUCAGUUCCUGGAUCCAGCUCGAGGCUAUUCUGGUCAUGAUCUGGAUCUCUAUGUCCCGGUCUUUACCCUUCUUCAGUUCUUCUUCUACGCAGGAUGGCUUAAGGUGGCAGAGCAGCUCAUUAACCCUUUUGGUGAGGAUGAUGAUGACUUUGAGACAAACUUCUUGAUUGACAGAAACUUUCAGGUGUCCAUGCUGGCUGUGGAUGAAAUGUAUUCUGACAUUCCGCUCCUGGAGAAGGAUCGUUAUUGGAAUGAUUCUGACCCUCGCCCUCCAUACACUGCAGCUACAUUAUUCCAGAAACACCAUCCUUCCUUUCAGGGUUCCACAUUUGACAUGGCAUUGCCAAAGGAUGACAUGCAGUACCAGCCUCUUGAUGACAUAGAGGAGAUGAAUGAGGAUACACUUCCCCGGUCUUUUCCGCUCCUCUCACGUUUACUUCCAGGUGUGGGGCCCUCACCAUUCUCCUCUUCCAGCGCCCUUUCUACUAUGUUUGUGCCUCCUGGAAGUCGUACAACACUGAUCAAACGUUCCAAUAGCUCUACCUCAGAUUUGUCUGGCUACCCUUUUCAGGAUACUGCACAAGACCCCACUGCCAAAUCUCUACCUCCAGAGACAAAGGUUCCUGAGGCUCCUCCAAAACCAGUUUUCCGUGUUGAGUCAUUGACUUCUGAUUUAUCUACCAACCAGCCAGAGGUAACUCUUGUUAACCUUCCUGUUGAGGGAGAAGCUGAGGCUUUAUGUGAGUCACCUUAGAAAACUUGGAGAGGAAUGAACAUGAAAGACUCUCUGGUUUUAAUUAAAUUGUCACAUGAAAUGGCUGGCCCAUUAGGUUUCUGUUCAGGACAGCAAGACAAUUUUUUUUUUAUUUAAAUCUUGCACAAUCGCACUUCAAUGCUACCCUUAAAUAAUACAUUUCUAAUUAGGGCUGCAGAUUUGUGACAUUUUUAUUUUACUAAACCGGAAAUAAUUUCUGAAGUAAUCCCUUCUCAAUGUUAUCUUCAAAUUUUUAAUUUUUUUUUCUUUUUAUCCAAUAAAGUUUUUUUUUUUUUUUUUU